CAAACCACAUGCCAACAAGACCUCUUCUCUUCAACAACUACAUCUACCUCAAGUAUACGAUUCCUCUAUUGCAGUUUGUGUGGGGACAUCUAUAAACAUCAUACACAGCCCUCUGAGUACUCAAGAGAGAACCAUAAAAAAUAUACGCCACAACGUCCGUGUAUCAGCACUAUGCACACUAUGCACAAUAUGACCAGAGUCUGCAUAUCUCUUCCCAGUACUUGUGAAUCCUCUUUUGUCAUGUUCUCGAAAAUCGAACAUAAUCAUCGAGGAGUAGAGACGUGCGUGUCACGUCUUGUUCAUUCAUCAAUAAGCCCUUCGUCUUCUCCUUACAAGUACAUGAUUUUAUAG